GCACGUGGAUCAUUCUCCGUGUGAAACCAAACCCAAAAUUCAACGUAAAACCAAACCAAACCAAACCAGCCUCUUUGGUCCAUUCUUCUCCCACCGACUCUUGCACUUACUCCACACUAACAACCUCCCCUCGCCGCCGGUAUGCUCGCCGGAGGGAAUUUCCGGUACUGCUCCACUACUGCCCUGUUAUUCCUCUGCCUCGUUGCUUCUUCCCUCUCAGAUGAACUUCAACCACUCAUGACCUUAAAGUCCUCAGUACAAAGUUCAGAUGUAACUGUUUUUAGUUCAUGGGAACAAGCAAGUUCUCCCUGCCUAUUCACUGGGAUUGUAUGCAAUUCCAAAGGUUUUGUUUCAGAAAUCAAUCUUCCGCAGAAACAGCUGGAGGGUACUGUUCCCUUUGAUUCGCUUUGUGAGCUUCAAUCGCUAGAGAAGAUAUCUUUGGGGUCUAACAACUUGCAUGGAAGGAUCACUGAGGGGUUGAUGAAGUGCACCAACUUGAAGCAUUUGGAUUUGGGUAUGAAUUCAUUCAAUGGAGCAAUGCCUGAUUUGUCGAGUCUGUACAAGCUGGAGUUCUUGAACUUAAACUCCAGUGGAAUUUCAGGCGUGUUUCCAUGGAAAUCAUUGGGAAAUCUAACUAGUCUUGAGUUCCUGAGUCUUGGGGAUAACCUGUUGAAGGGAAAUUCUUUCCCUUUGGAGGUGUUAAAACUUGAAAAAUUGUAUUGGCUUUACCUCACAAAUUGCAGCAUCACUGGGAAUAUUCCAUUGGGGAUUGGGAAUCUGACUCAGCUUCAGAAUCUUGAGCUUUCUGACAACCAUUUAUAUGGUGAGAUUCCUGCCGAUAUAGUAAAGCUUCGGAAGCUGUGGCAGCUUGAGUUAUAUGAUAACAAUCUGAGUGGGAAAAUCCCAGUUGGAUUUGGAAACCUUACUAGUCUAGUUAACUUUGAUGCUUCUUAUAAUCAACUUGAGGGUGAUCUUUUCGAGGUAAGGUCCUUAAAAAACCUUGCAUCCCUUCAGCUUUUUGGGAACAAGUUGUCAGGAGAAAUUCCAAAGGAGCUUGGAGAUCUCAAGAAUCUCACAGAGCUUUCUCUUUAUGCGAACAAUCUCACUGGUCCUCUUCCUCAAAAUCUUGGCUCUUGGGAAGGCAUGCAAUACAUUGAUGUUUCUGACAAUUUUCUUUCUGGCCCAAUACCACCUUUUCUGUGCAAGAACAACCAAAUCAGUGAACUGGCACUGUUGAACAACAGCUUCAAUGGAACAAUACCAGAAACGUAUGCAAAAUGCACAUCUUUGGUUCGUUUUGCUCUGAGCAGGAACUCACUUUCGGGUGUAGUUCCUUCAGGCAUAUGGGGCUUGCCAAAUUUGUCUCUGUUUGAUCUUGCAAUGAACCAGUUUGAAGGUCCAGUGACAUCAGAUAUAGCCAAAGCAAAAUCUCUGGCUCAACUGUUGUUAUCUAACAAUAAGUUCGCAGGGGAGUUACCGAUGGAAAUCUCAGAAGCUUCUUCAUUGGUGAAAAUUCAGCUAAGUUCAAAUCAAAUUUCUGGUAACAUCCCAGAAAGCAUUGGCAAGUUGAAGAAACUAACAAGUCUUACUUUAGAUGGGAACAAUCUUUCUGGUGUCGUACCAGAUUCCAUUGGUUCUUGUACUUCUCUUAAUGAGAUAAACCUUGCUGGUAACUCUCUUUCUGGGGCUAUACCAGGUAGCAUCGGUUCUCUUCCAACUCUCAAUUCAUUGAACUUGUCCUCAAACAGACUUUCUGGUGAAAUUCCAUCCAGUUUAUCAUCUCUGAGACUUAGCCUUCUCGACUUAUCAAACAAUCAGUUGUUUGGUUCCAUACCAGAACCUUUGUCUAUUUCAGUUUUCAAAGAUGGAUUCAUGGGAAAUCCUGGCUUAUGCAGCCAGACUUUGAAAGGUAUCACACCAUGUUCAAUGCAAUCCAGAAGCUCCAGGAGACUAAGAAAUCUUUUAGUCUGUUUCCUUGCUGCUGUAAUGGUUCUGCUUGGAGUGUUUUUCCUCUUCACAAAACUAAGGCAGAAUAAGUCCGAGAAGCCACUGAAGACUACUUCCUGGGAUGUCAAGCAGUACCAUGUGUUAAACUUCAACGAGAGUGAAAUCGUUAACGGGAUCAAGGCUGAGAAUUUGAUUGGCAAAGGAGGAUCCGGCAAUGUUUAUCGGGUUGUGCUCAAAGGUGGGGCAGAAUUUGCAGUGAAACACAUAUGGACUUCAAAUCUAAGCGACAGGGGAAGUUGCAGGAGCACCUCAACUAUGCUUAGAAGGAGUUCAAGGUCACCAGAAUUUGAUGCAGAGGUGGCCACUCUUAGCUCUAUAAGGCAUGUGAAUGUUGUGAAGCUGUAUUGUAGCAUCACAAGUGAAGAUAGCAGUUUGCUUGUUUAUGAGUUUUUACCAAAUGGGUGUUUGUGGGACAGGUUGCACACCAGUAAGAAGAAGUCUGAGAUGGGGUGGGAGGUUAGGUAUGACAUUGCAUUGGGUGCUGCUAGAGGAUUGGAGUAUCUGCACCAUGGUUGUGAUAGACCAGUUAUACAUAGGGAUGUCAAAUCCAGCAACAUAUUGCUGGAUGAAGAAUGGAAGCCAAGGAUUGCAGAUUUUGGCCUUGCCAAGAUUCUGAAUGGAGGACAAGGCAAUUGGACCAAUGUCAUUGCUGGAACACUGGGAUACUUACCUCCUGAGUAUGCCUACACUUGUAAGGUGACAGAAAAGAGUGAUGUUUAUAGCUUUGGGGUUGUUCUGAUGGAGUUGGUAACAGGGAAGAGGCCAAUGGAGGCUGAGUUUGGAGACAAUCAUGACAUUGUGCAUUGGGUAUGCAGCAGUAAUAGGAGCAGAGAAGAGGCUCUUGAAUUGGUGGAUCCUACUAUUGCAGAGCAUUUCAAAGAGGAUGCCAUGAAGGUGUUGAGAAUUGCGUUAUUGUGCACUGCCAAAAUUCCAGCUUCAAGACCAUCAAUGAGAAUGUUAGUUCAUAUGCUGGAAGAGGCAGAUCCAUGUACCCCAAACAAAAUGAUUGUGACCAUUGGUGCUUAAAUAAGGUGUUCCAAUUUCCAAAGAAUGGAAUUUUUUUCUCUCAACUGCAGACAUUUGAGUUUUCCUCAUUUCUAAGCAGCACAAAAAUUGAGGCUAAGAAAGGGUGAUAAACACUCGUAUUGGAUCAAAUUAGGUGAAAUUUUGGCAAGGCUGUGACCUCUGUUAUCAAUUGAAAAAUGUCUUGCAGUUAGAAUGGGGUUAUCUCCUGUCACUUGAAAUUUUUUGUUGAAAAUAAAAAUUCUGUGUACGAUUAUGAACCAUCUGUGAGUGAUAAACCAAAGGAGGAUUAAGUUGUAUGUUGUAGGUUUGUAGCAUAUGUGUAGUAGUAAUGGAAUUCUCUUCUCAAUAGAAUUGUAUUUUCUCUUUGUAACAUAUUAUGUUACCUAAAAAUCAAUGAACACUGGUAGUGCUGUUUGAAUUAUUGUAUGUAAUGGACUUAAGUAUGGA